AUGUUUAAAUAUUUAUUAUUUAAAAAUUUAAUAAUUGCCGUCUUAAUUUGCUUAACAGUAACUUUUAAGUUAAAUAACACAUUGUAUGGGAGUAAUAUAGAAAGAAUAAAAAGAAAUACCAAUGAUACAACAAAUAAUAGAUAUAUAGGAUAUAAAGGUGUACUUCCAGUAAAUUCGCAAAAUUCAAAUAAUGAAAACACUUAUAAUAAUACAGUUACAAUAUCUCCUGAUGAUUAUGAUAAUAGCACUUUAAAUUAUGGCAAUGAUACUAUUGAAUUGAUAGUAUAUGAAGAUUAUGACAGUUUCCUUUCACCAUUUCUGGGAAUACUUCCUGUUGGAUUAAAUUAA